GUAAGGGUUAAUAAAGACUUUAACAACUUGGGGUUUGGGCAAAUAGGGUUUGUGCUUAAGGAAUAUGUGCUUAGAGGAGAGUAUGACCAUAUACCAUAUAUUAACCUUUUCACUCAUGCUAAGGGUUAUACAUUUAGGA